AGAAUUUUGUAGUAGAUGAAAUUGACACUUUUGGUUAAAACUUAACGUCACAUGAGAGUGUACUUCAUAUCCUCUACAACAGUUAGACGCGCUGCCGUGUAUAGUCCGCAUAACCUAUCACAUGCAUCCAUAGAAGCACUUGUCACUAUUGUUGGAAAAUGCUUAUAUAUACAUCGAGUAAGAGAAUCCAAGUUGUCUUCUCUUUUCUCUUUUCUCUACAUCUAUAACUAUGCAUCAUUUCUGCAACUAGUUAUUCCAUUUACUAAUAGGGGCAAGGUCAAGAUUUCCCCAGAUCUCCUGCACAAACCCCGUUCAACGCAUAUACUAAUGGAACCUUUUGUUUUACUUCCUCGGGUAAUUUCUAUAAAGCCGUUUUCAAGAUGUUAUUCUUCAUCGCGUUUCCCAUUAAAUUUGUUUUAACUGCUACAAACUUUGUCUUUCUGUCAUAAUUAUUAGAAUUAUUCAACUACACCAUCCUUUUGGUUAUUAUUUCUGAAUAGAUUCGCUUAACAUGUCUCUGCCCAAUGCUAGCCUUAUAUCCCCUCAAACAGUGCGUCUUGCACGGCUUUUCCUCAAACAUAUGGACAAGAGGGUUGCUCGACCUUCGUUAAAAGCCUUCUUUUACGCGUACCUAUACGUCACCCUCCCAAGAGUCUUCAACCAUGUCAUUAUAUCCAUCAGGAAAAAGCAAUAUGAUCAAAUUUUUCCUCGAGUUUUCAAAAUUCUUCUUAGUGCCCUUAAUCCAAGUAAGUUCCCCACAUUCGCAGCUCGAUUAGUUGCUGGUAUUAAUAUUCUUGAACCUAUUAUUUAUAAACUCUUGAAAGAUUCCAAAAUUGUCACCAAACCAAUCAAUAAUAUUUUCCUUUCAACCUUAUUAUCGUCAUUUAUUUCUGGUUAUGCUUCAUUCCCCAAGUUCCAAAAUCAUAUUUUAUCAUAUGGUCGUUAUUAUUCUCUUGAUUUGACGUUAUUGGUUACUACAAGAGCCUUGGAUACUGCUUUGAGUACCACCUUGUCAAAAUUCACCCCAGAAAGUAUCGCAAAACAUGGGAAUGCAUUACUUUUCAUUGUAUCAUGCUCAUUAAUUAUGUUUUCAUGGUUUUAUCGUCCUGGUGCUUUACCUCCUGCUUAUCGAAAAUGGAUCACAUCUGCAGCUAAUAUGGAUCAAGAAAUCAUUGAUGCUCUCAAACAUUUGAGAGAUGGAACUUUGGUUUAUGGUGAUGAAACAUGUAUUAAUCGUGAUGUUCUUGUACCUUAUUGUAUUAGACAUGGUGAAGAUGUUUCAAAUGGUUCACUUGUUAUCAAUCAACCAUUAACAUGUAGAACUGUACAUGCAUUUAAAACUAAUAAUUGUGAAUUACAUGCACUUUGGAGGUUUAUUAGAGGAUUUUGCUUUGCCAUCAAGAUUUAUGGUCCAUUAAAUGGAUUAAUGUUAUUAUUCCCCAUAAAAAAUCAAAAAAUGCAAAAUCGAAUCAUCUAUGCCAUUAAGUCGUCCAUUAGAUCAUCUUGCUUUUUAGGUGCUUUCAUAAGUUUCUAUUGGUAUGCCGUGUGUCUUGCUAGAAAGAGAAUACUUCCUCGGUUAUUCCCAAAAGUACCUUUAACUCGUUGGGAUGACACAUUUGCUCCAACUGCUGGUGCCAUUGCAUGUGGAUUUAGUAGUUUUAUUGAAUCUGCCCAAAGACGUAAAGAAUUGGCCUUGUUUGUCGCUCCAAGGGCUUUAGGGACUAUAAUUCCAACCGCUUCUUCAGUGAAGAAUUUACGUUAUGAAUCAAUUGCAUUUUCUGUCUCAAUGGCAGUUUUGGUUGCCUACUCUAAAAAUGAUCCAAAAAGUGUUAGAGGAAUUUUUGGUCGGGGUCUUAAACAAGUUUUCUCUAUUGAUUCAUAUAAAUAGGUUUAUGUAAUAUAUUAAUAUCAGUAUAAUUA